AAAUUUGAAUUGAACAUGUUUAUGCUUUGAUUUUCGAGCUUUUCGGCGCAAUGUGAAUGUUGCUCUAAAGUUAAUUAUUAACGAAAAUGGACGAAUUUAUGCAAAAUUCAAGUUUAUUUGAAGAUAUUUACAGUCAAUAUGAUGAGAAGAAUGACUUUGACAAGUGUGUCGAGAAAUAUCAAAAUGAUUUGUCAUCAAAUACGAAUAAAACAAAAGUAACUUUGGCGCAAGAUAAUCUAAAACAAAGCAAUUGUGAAACAAACGUUGCACCUCCGGCUAAAAUAAUACCGGUUUUCGGUAAAAAGCGAAAUAAACCCAAUGAUGAAAAGAAGACAAAAAAGUUUAUCGUACCGACGAAAAUUAACGUCGAUACGCAAAAGGAAAAUGGUUCUGACAAAACCGAAAAUGAAGAUUUAAAACAGGACGCCCAAAAUAUUAUUGAAACUACUGAAAUAUUCACAAAUUCUCAAAAAUCUUUAAAGGAUAUUAAUUUUGAUGCCACUCCUAUACCAUCAUUCGAUCAAACAGAUACAAAUAAUGAUGCAAAACCUACAAAGAUAUGGAUGUGA